UCGGGAAACUUCGGAUCCAGUUGUUUUAUUGAAGAAGAAAGAACUCUCCUUCUGAUGCUAUAAAACGACCACAAAACCCGCAGAGGCAUUCUUUUGUUAGUUUUCCCUAAAAUUUACAUUACUGUGAGGUCUGAUGAAAGAUUGAUUGUUUUUCGGUGAGUAUAUUAAAUGGAAGGAUCAUCGACCCAAGGGCAUGAGCAUAGUGAAAGUCCUGCUCAUGAAGAAGAGACGACGAAGAAAGAAGAGGAAGAGUUGAUGGCGAAGGCACAGAGACUCAUGGAAAAGAUUACUGCCUCAUCCGAUAACCCUAAUCCCACACUCCUCCAUGCCCUUGCCUCUCUGUUAGAGAUCCAAGAAUCACUAUUCUUGCAAGAUAAUGGUUAUUCCACCAGUAAUGCUCAUUCCGCGAGAGCGUCUCAUAACAUUGGACGCCUUGGCAACUUACUUCGGGAGAACGAUGAUUUUUUUGAACUGAUAUCAUCCAAGUUUUUCUCUGAAAGUAGAUAUUCCACCUCCGUCCAGGCAGCUGCUGCACGUCUUCUAUUAAGCUGUUCUCUCACUUGGAUAUAUCCUCAUGUUUUUGAAGAACCCAUUGUGGAGAACAUAAAAAAUUGGGUGAUGGAUGAGACUGCCCGUUUUUCUGGUGAAGAUCGUAACUCGAGCCACGAAGUUGGNAAUUAUUAA